CUCCUAAGUUUACACUGUGGUAAUGAAUUUUUGCUGGUACUAUGAUUUUGCCCUUCUUUUAACUAAUCAUCUGCCUGUUCUGUCCUUUCUCUUGUUAUGCAAGAGACAAGAUUUAGUGGUCUCCUCACUGAACCAAUAUAUCAAAUUUUGCAUGAACAUAAUCAGGAAAAAAUUGUAUGCAAUAUUCUUGAGGAUGUUUAUGUUCAAUCAGGAAAAAAGAGAACUUAUGCAGUACUCUGUGGUAUCUUUAUAUUUGCAAUAUCAAUAUGUCUGGCUUACAUCUCCCAACAUUCCGAUAUUUUUACUAACAGAUGUAUGAAUGAAGAGCUUUCUAUUCUUCCACAUCUUUAGCUCUUUCAUUGUUUUAUCUGGCAUUAAAUUGUCAUUAGCAGCUGAUACCAUUAGUCCGGCACAAUUCAUCCAUGAUGGUGAGAAGUUAAUUUCAUCAGCCAAAAGGUUUGAGCUAGGCUUCUUUUCUCCUGGAAGCUCAAAGAACAGGUACCUCGGAAUAUGGUACAGGAAAAGCCCUGAGAUGGUUGUGUGGGUUGCAAACAGAAACAGACCUAUUAUAGAUCCUCAUGGAGCCUUAACCAUUAGCAAUAAUGGAAACCUUGUCCUUCUUGAUCAAAGAAAGGGCAUUGUCUGGUCUUCAAGCAUAUAUAGAAAAGUAAAGAAUCCAGUGGCAGAACUCUUGGAUUCCGGAAACUUUAUUCUCAGAGACAAUUUAAGCACCAGUUCUGACAGCUAUCUGUGGCAAAGCUUUGAUCAUCCAUCAGACACAUUGUUGCCAGGCAUGAAGUUGGGCUGGGACUUAAACGCUGGUCUGGAGCUAUACUUAACGUCAUGGAGAAGUGGUGAUGAUCCAUCCUCUGGAGACUUUACGUUCAGACUUGACAUUCAUGUGUUACCUCAAACGGCCAUAUACAGGGGAUCAAUUAAAUUGGCCCGAACCGGACCCUGGAAUGGCGUUUACUUUGGAGGCACUUCUGCAAACCCAAAUUUGCUUUUUGUACCAAUUUUGGUACAUAAUCAGGAUAAGAUUUAUUACAGGUAUGAGUGUUUCAACAAUCCAAUUAUUAUGCUAUUAAAAAUCAACCAAUCAGGAAUGAUGCAGCGUCUAAUAUGGAAAGAGAGGAGCGCUGGAUGGGAUAUCGUGUACUCAGCUCCAGAAGAUUUGUGUGAAAAUUAUGGUAGGUGUGGUGCUAAUGGUGUUUGCAGCAUUGACAAAACACCUAUUUGUGAAUGUUUGAAGGGUUUCAUAUCCAAGUCAGAACAGAAUCAGUCUUCAGCUAUAACAUGCGUGCCAAGUUCCUCAUUAGAUUGUACUAGUGGAGACAGGUUCACAAAGCUUGCUGAUAUUAAAUUGCCUGACCUUCUAGAGGUCUCACUUAAUGAGAGUAUGAAUCUCCAGGAAUGUGAGAACAAGUGCUUGAAGAACUGUUCUUGUAGAGCUUAUGCCAAUUUCAAUGUUACCAGAGGCAGUGGCUGUUUGAUGUGGUUUGGUGACCUGAUUGAUAUCAGAAAGCUCCUCGAAACCAAAGGGCGACAGGAUGUAUACAUACGAGUAAAAGCUUCAGAAGUAGGUAUGUUUAUUUUCAUAGUGCUACUCUUUUAA